GACAACGCUGCCAUCAACGUUCACGUGAAGCAUUCGUCGCCUUUUAUGCCUCAAAGCAACGGUCGACCCGAGCGUAUGAACUCCGUCGUCCUCGAAGCUCUGCGUAUCUACACCACGCAGUAUCCUCGAGCCGAUUGGGAUAGCCCUUUUGAAGUCAUGUUCGGCAAACCUAUCAGGACACAACUCUCUCUGCCCUCACCUGACGAUCAUCAGGACGAGCAUGCCGUUCACUUUUAGGACCCUCGACUCCAUUCGUGAAGCAACCGAAGUCAGCGCCGAAGCUGCCCGAGCUGCUCUCGAAGCUGCAGCGCGCGCCACCGAAGCUCGCCUUGCGCAGGCCCGUCGUCCCUGCCGCUAUCAAGUUGGAGAUCUGGUUUGGCUCUCUACCGCCAACCUCAACAUCCCCGACGCCGCCUCGAAGCUCAACCCUCGCUUCGUUGGUCCCUUCC